CGCGAAACAUCAGGAAAAUAAUCCACCCAAGCUCCCAGUUAGAACACGACAGACCCGAGACAGGUCGAGAGCGAAAGAUAGUUGUUGCCCACUUCAUAGUGGGAAACACCGCGCCUUAUACGCCAUCUGACUGGGAGGAUGACAUCAGGCUUGCUAGCCGCCAUGCAAUUGAUGGCUUUGCUCUAAAUGUAGGCAAAGAGUCUUGGCAACUGGACCGGGUAUCUUCUUGUUUUGAGGCCGCGGAGCGAAGCGAGACGGACUUCAAACUUUUCCUCAGCUUUGACAUGUCAUCGCUGCCGUCAUCCUCCCCACAGGAUAUUAGGCUCCUCAAAGAGUACAUCUCCAAGUUUGCCCUCCGUCCAAAUUAUCUAUUUUACAAGGGAAAGGCUCUCGUCUCCACGUUCGCCGGAGAGAAUUCCCUGUUCGGAUGUGAUGAUAUAGAUUCAGCCUGGACGCUCGUGAAACGGAUUUUGGAAGAAGUUUGCCCAGUUAUUUUUGUUCCUAGCUUUUUUGUCGAUCCAAGGCGCUUACAUUCCAUGAAGUGCAUAGAUGGUGCUUUCAAUUGGAACGGCAGUUGGCCCAUUCAACUUUCGUCGAACUCUCCGAAGGGAGAGCUUCCUUUCCCCAGACUGAUGUCAGACGUAGAAUACAUUCGUAACAUAUAUGGAAAGACUUUGAUGACGUCCGUAUCUCCGUGGUUCUUUACGCACUAUGGGGAAGAUUCAUGGAACAAAAAUUGGAUUUAUCGCUGCGACGACUGGUUAUUAGUUCGCCGAUGGGAACAAAUGAUAGCAAUACGGGAUUUAGUCGACAUAGUGCAGAUCAUAUCUUGGAAUGACUACGGCGAGUCCCAUUAUGUUGGCCCCAUCAAGGGAGCACAGCCGAAUUCAGAGGCCUGGGUAAACGGCUUCGAUCAUACGGCAUGGCUGCAUCUCUGUGGGUACUUCUCCCGGUUAUUCAAAAAACCAGAAACUUUGACGACCAACCCCAUAUCUUUACUCGACGAUGUGGAUCGAGUAUUUGUAUGGGCACGUCCGCACCCCCGUGAUGCGAAAGCAUCUGAGGAUCCAGUGGGCAGGCCGAAGAAUUGGGACCUUACUGAAGAUAUGUUUUGGGUUGUUAUUCUCGCACAUGCGCCCGCGCACGUCCUGCUCUGGUCAUCCAAUACCGAUACGAACACGUGUAGCCCCUUGGUCAGGUCGACCGUGGUAGGGGAAAAUCUGGAAAUGGAGGAGGACAGAAUACCCGCUGGCUUAACGCAGCUGUCGUGUCCCCUGGUCAAAAAUGGUGGAAUUAACGUCCAACUGAUUCGUGGUGGCAGGAUAGUGUUGCACUUUCAUCCGGUGGAUUUCGUGUUUGAAGCACAUCCAAAGAAGUACAACUUCAAUGCAUACGUGGCAAUGUAUCCUUGUUAG